UUUCGACAUUCAUGUCAACUUGGUUAAGAAAUAUGGAUAACUUCGCGCACGGAGAGAACUGUUCUUAAGUAUCUUCAAUGACAGGGCGCUUGACAAUUGGAUCAUUAGCCUCACUUCCAUUUCGACAUUCAUGUCAACUUGGUUAAGAAAUAUGGAUAACUUCGCGCACGGAGAGAACUGUUCUUAAGUAUCUUCAAUGACAGGGCGCUUGACAAUUGGAUCAUUAAAGUAAUCUGUUUAGUGGCAUAAAGUGCCACCUACGCCAGAUUAUCCACGGGCGGACAUGCAGUAAACAUGAUUGGGACCAAUUUACCGAUUUGUGUGGGAUUCGUUGCAAAUGGAGUUCUACACACCUGUUGAAUGAAGCAGUUGGACUCGCGGUCUGUGACAGAUAAUCGAUCAAUAAUGACGUCGCACCCGGGUGGGACGACACUGCGUCUGUGGUUACUUUUUACAUUCACUGUGGCUCUGGGGGACUUUGUGGAGCCCAAGACCCCAUUCACUCUGCGUUCCCUGGCCGAGAUGGAGACACGUCUUCCCUGCCGUUUCCAGGUGGAGGAGGGCCAGAUUGUGGUUCAGGUCACUUGGACCAAAGAUAUGAGCGAUGGCACCAAAGAGUCCAUCAUCACUGCUCACCGCACCUCUGGACAAACUGCGUUCGGUCUGUGGUCCAGUCGUGUGCGGUUCAGCAGCAGUGAUCCCACGGUUGACUCCUCCAUGAUCAUCAUGGACACGGAUCUGUCCGACGAGGGAAAAUACUCCUGCAAAAUCAGCACCUUUCCCUCUGGAAACUUUGACAUCCAGCUCUCACUAACCGUGUGGAGCGUGCCCAUAUCUUACCUGGACCCUGUAGUUCUGGAGGAGGGCCAGUCCUUCCGAGUAGCCGCCUCCUGUCGCGCUGUUGGCCGACCCCCGCCCACCCUCUCCUGGGACACGGACCUGACCGGCCAGUCGAGCAACCGGACAUUAGAGGGGGGCACCGUAUCUUCCUAUUUCUCGCUGCACCCCCUGCGGAAUAUGAACGGGAAGAAGCUGGACUGCCUGGUACACCACCCAGCACUGGAUCGACCCCGCAGGAUAAGCAACAACCUCGUCGUUCACUAUCCCCCCCAUGUGGAUGUAUCUGGGUUUGAUAAGAACUGGUAUGUGGGGCUGGAAGGAGCUACGCUCAGAUGUGAGAGCGGAGGAAACCCCAGAUCUCACAGUUUUAUCUGGACAAGAAAGGGCGGAGCCUUGCCAGAGGGUGUGAUCCCGCAGAAUGAAUCCCUCCUGUUUGGCCGGCCCCUAAGCCUGACGGACGCCGGCACCUACCAAUGUGUGGCCAAGAAUGUUGUAGGGGUGGGGAAAGGAGAUAUGGAGGUCAUCAUAUCAGACACACCCCAGAAGAAGACGAUGUUUGACGAUCUAAUGCUCCCCAUCGUGGGCGCAGCUGCAGGCGGCCUCCUGCUCAUCAUGCUCAUCAUUGUCAUCAGUGUCACAUGCCACCACAAACACAAAAGCAAGAAACUGAAGAAGGAGCUGACAGUAAAAAAGGAAGAAAUUUGCAGUCUAACCCUGUCACGACAAGCCUCCUUCAGGAGAAUGAACUCUGUCAGCACAGAUGCCAGAGGACAGACGGAGGAGAAUAUCCCUCUGAGGGUGGAGGGGACCCUGCGGACUAGUCUUUCCUCCUUGGCGGAUCAGACUCGCUGCCGAGAUAGUCGUUCUACUCUGUCUGGCGGACGGUACGGAGGGGGAGGGGGAGUGGUGCUGGACUACCUGGGCCGACCAGUUAUCUACAACAACUCACGGAGGGGGAGAGAGAGAGCCCUGGAGAGGGACGAGGAGAACCGAAUGAGAGUGGAGUCGUAUGUGCAAAACAGCACUAUGUCUAUGGAGGAAAACCACCUUCACCCGCCUCUCCACCCCUCUUCCUUUUCGAUGGAACAGUCCGCCGAGCUUCACAGGUCCUUGAACGGCAGUGCCAUGAUCCCAGUAGAGGGGGGUUUGAGGCAGGGGACUGUCAGCAGGAACCAGCAACACUCUCCUCUGAGCCUCAGCUACCCCCCAGUGACGGACGAUGAACAGGACGAGGACGAAGGUGUGGGCGAGGUCCGGGGAGGUCAGAGGAGCCCCAUGGACGAGGGCAGGGGGGAUGACCGCUACAGCGAGACCAACAGCUCCCAGAUAUCGGACGUUCCAAACCACCAGCACUACCAGCAGCAGCCCAACGGCACCCUGAGACCCAAAGCUAGCGUGAUCAAUCCCCACACAACCAUCAUACACAAGGCCCAGAUCGUGUAGAGGAUGAGGAACAGCCAGGCUGUGCGUGUUCGUGUGUGUGUUUUCACAUUGUACUCGAACCAGUGGAUGAUAUUUUGGGGACUUUACCUGGAUUGGAACUGCACAUGCUGACACUGAGGAUCUCGCUCUUUUAGCCUAACGGAACCGAUCAAACAUUCUCGGGUGAAUGUAAUUGGUCGCUGUGACUGUGUUCAGUUGGGCUAUGCAAUAUGGGAUUUGUACAGUACCUGGUGGAAUACCUCUGUCAAUUUGCUGUCCCUCCUCACCACACCUGACUCGAGAACAGAUCUCCUCCACCUUAGCCUCGAGCACUGAGACAUUCUUGAUGACUCCUUAAUGAGCUGCCAUGCAUACUGUCAAUAUGAACUGAAAUCUGAAGGUUGAGAGAUCAGGUUUUUACAUGGACUUAAGCCCAGAUAUGUUAGUACUGGAAUAUCCAUUGUCAUUUGGGUAACUUACACUGGAACUUUUGCCUGGAAAAGAACCACUCUGAGCCUGACUGGUUCACAGGUUUCUUAUGAUCUUUUACAUUACCCUCUACAUUACCCCCUACAUUAUCUCCUAUCCUUUGGAUCAGACUAUUUCCUGGAUGGAGCACUCAUUAAUGCAGAGAUUCUAAGUGGUUGGAUUUGUGGCAAAGGGCAACUUAGGUAGACUGACACAUGGAUAGUUUUAGGACUUAACAGUUCUCAAACUGUGAACACUGUUACAGCAUGCAUUUGAAUGGGUCAAAGUGUUUUUUUUUUACAUUUUAUGUGAAAGUUCAUCAAGCCUUAGUGUUGUGUUGUCGUAUUAAAAAGCUCACAAAGAACGAUGUGCCAAAUCAAACAUAUGUUAAGACAAAGAACCUUGUUUUAUGGGCCAAUAUGAAGUAUUAUUGUGUUUUAAACACGCAUGCAUUGUUAUGGAUUAUUGUCAAUAGUGUAUGCUGUAAAUGGGUGCCUAUUAACAAUUGGGACAAGUUUGUGCUCUUUUAUUCUUCCAUAGAUGUCUCUAUUUAGUUUACUAUCAAUAUGUUUAGAAAUAAAGUCAUUUUAUAAUAUACUACAGCAUUAUAGCUUACAUACUAAAAUGUUAGUUUACACUGCCCCCUGCUGUGUACUGAUUUUAAGUGCAUGGAGCUUUUUUAGAAAUAGCUACCAACGACUAUGCCUCUCCAAAAUAUUAUACAAACAACAAAACAAUCCAAUCUAUAAAUGUAAAACUGGCUUUCUGUGCUUUGCUUAAACUAAUCUUGUAUUCAUGUAAGCUCAUCAGUAGACAUAGAGCUUGUGUGAAUUGUUUAUUUCGAGAAGGUCCUCAUUGUGAAAUCGUUCUUGGGGUUUAUGUCACUGUUUAUGGACUGGGUGGACCUUUUUCAUGUGUUUGGAGUAACAUCAUGUUCUGUGACCUGUUAAAAAUCCAGUAAAAAAAAUUAGUUCUGUUGUGCUUUAUGAUAAACAUGACUGUAAGAAAGCAAAGCAAUGCACGCGAUGGGAUUUUGUCCAGAAAGUUUCUGGUUUGAGAAACGCCAAACUGCAGCGCUUUUUUGUAUUUGGGUGGAAUACAAAUAUUUCCUCUGACCAUUUCCCUAUGGGUAGCUACAUUUAUCUGAGAUGGAUGCUUUU